AUGUAUACGACCCGGAGUUGCCAAAAGACUGAUCUCAACAAGGAGAAGGAGAAUCAGAAAGAAGAGGCUAUACGACCCGGAGUUAAGCUCUCGCUCUUUGUGGCUGAAGCAAUGUUCCUCUUAUCUGAUAACCUACCAUUUAACAUUGGAGUAGGAGGAUUGAAUAGCAUUGUUUUGAUUCUCAAAAAUAACAACGUAGUGAAAUCGUAUAGUUUUGAAUACUACAACCAAGAGCUUAAGAAGCUAGAAGAGAAGUUGAGGUCUGCCAAGGAAUUUUCAGAGGCAAAUGGGUUUGUGAGGGAAGAGAUAAAGUCUAACAUUCUUCACUUGUGGAAGUCUCUCUUUGAAGCAACACCAGAAGUGAGAAACUCUAAUAAGACUAUAGUUCUUGAGCUGUUUAGUCCUAUCGAUAACGAAGUUUGCUGUCGUCUUGCUUCUUUACUCAUAUGA